AUUUACAUCAACUCCCCGGCAUUAUCGUCCUGUGGACGCUAUAUUUAUGUAACCAACGACAAUGACUUCGAGGUCAACGUGACCGUCAUGGUUGAAAAUGAGACUCAGAGUGACCCUGUUCCAUCACACAGCACCUCGGUACCGAUUCAGUUAACAGUCGACGUACCGAGUGGUAAGUAAAAGUAUUGGAUCUGAUAAGCGACGAGGUCACACUACCGGUACAGAAGAUGUUAUGAAGGAAAGAUGUUUAGAUAUGAUUAGAUUAUUGAGACAUUGUUUAUAAGCGAAUUUAAAGACAGUACCAAAAAAAAAAAGGCAAUUUUUAAAAUUCUUCCUAUUUUUCAAAAUAUUGCUUUAAAAAAUUAAGUUUAAUUUUCAGUAUGAAGAAAAUGCAUAUUUUGACUUAGUCGAUCAAUAGAGAAAAAAAAUAUAAAUAAUUCCUCCUAUUUGAAAAGAAGCAUAAUUUGAUAAAGUAAAAUGGAAAAAAAAAUCAUCAAUUUUUUCCUAUUUGAUAUAUUUUUUCAUGUUCUGAUGAGAGAGAUUCUAUUUUUAUACGGUCUUAAGGUUUCUCGUACGACAUGUCCGAUGUCUAUAGACCGAUAUAAAAAUUGACAUAAUUUAUAUGAACGAACGUUUCUUUCAUAACUGUUUUGGGUGUGUCGUUGCCUUACCUAAGGUGGGCACAAGCAGGGACUUAAGAAUGCUUUCAUCAUUUUUCAAAUGAUAUCUUUAUUUUAAGAACUUCUCUGUACAAAUUGUUUUAAAAACUUAAUGGCACAACAUUUAUUGGAGUUCGUAAAACCAUCGAUUCAUAGAUCAUGAAAUAUUCACUAAACUAAUCAUGGAUCGAUCAAACUAAUUACUUCCAGAAGCACCCAAUAAGUGUACACUUUGGUAUAAAAUUAGCACCCAUACUUAUCAGAAAGGGUUGAUGUUAGAUCAAUUUGUCUGAUUUCUAUUGUGUUUUUUUUUCCUUCCAGGUGCUCGGCUUCUGACAGUCAACGUAACGGUCACCGAAGAUGAAAACAUCCCAAACAACACACUGUCCAUUGACGACUUCUACAGUAACACGACGAACAUAACAACAACGGUAGCCCCACCUCAGGACGAGGUUCAAUAUUUCCUUCAAGAGAUGACGCUGGUCGACUACGUCCC